GAAGAACAUUGAAGUAACAAAAUUUUGUGAAAUAUAAAUAUCAAACGACCGGUACUGCCGACAGAAUGCAUAGAAGGAACUCAGUGGUGAUCGUCACUUUUACAAUCUUAUGUGCCUUAAUGCUUAUAAUCUAUCGACCAGACAUCAGUUUGUUUGCAAGUGAGAGUAGUUUCGAAGAGAUUGAUGAAUUAAAUCAUGUUAAAGCAAUGGGACUCGUCGACAUAUCACGGUCGGAAAUCGCUACAGAGAUGAAAGACUUCGAGACUACAAAUGAAAUGCUCGAAUUGUCCAAAAUGACACCUGAGUCCAACGGAAUACCGAUUAGGAAUGUAAUCCUAUCAACAUGGAACACCGGCUCAUCAUAUCUUGGAGACAUUUUGAAUGUGAUACCCGGCAACUAUUAUUUUCAUGAGCCAUUGAGACAUUUAGGAGACAUUCAAAUCCGCGAACAAAAUACUCUGCUAACAGAGGCAAUGCAACUCUUGGAUCGAGUUCUGAAAUGCAAUUUUACUGGACUGGAUCAGUAUAUGAAGCACGUGAUCCACGACUACAACAUUGGAUUAUCUAAACUGUGUGGUACUGUCAUUCCGUCGAAUCUGUGCAAAACAGAUGCAACGUUCCUGAAUGCAUUCUGUGGCAUUUUUCCGAUUCAAACAAUGACAGAAGUCCGAUUGCGGCCAGCAUUCGUUGAGCCACUUCUGACAGAUUCGGAAUUGAAUGUAAAAAUUGUGCUGUUGAUCCGUGAUCCUCGUGGCAUAAUUGCGUCACGAAAACGAGAUGAAUGGUGCGCCCAUAGCCAAGAAUGUUUGGAUUAUAAAAAGUUAUGUCAGGAUCUAGUAUUUGAUGCCAAAGCUGCACAAUAUCUGUCAACGAAGUAUCCGGAACGAUUCAAGGCUAUUCGAUAUGAAGAUCUGUCAUUGAAUACAUUCAAAGUGGCCAAAGAAGUGUUAGAUUUCUAUGGACUUCCAUUACACAAGAACGUGAAACAGUUUUUAAUCUCCCAUCGCCUUGAUGUAGAGCAUUCCAUACUGAAAUCUCUAAAUUACAAAGACACCGCCUUUUCUUGGCAAAGUUCUCUGAAAUUUCGAGAAAUUGCUAAAAUUCAGCUGCAGUGCACAGACGCUUUGGAUCUAUGGGGAUAUCAACAAGUGAUAAGUGUACAGGAAUUGAGAGGCGAUUCCUUUUAUCCAUUGUUGGAGUAUCCAUACAGUACAUAGCAUAGAGAUAAAUAAACAACGUUUGCGAAUAACCAUGGCUAAAUUAACAAGCGUUAAAUUACGAGGCUUUACGCUUUAGUGAUAAGAACUCCACUUAAGAUUCUUGAUUUUAAGAAGGAGGAAGAUGGAGCAUGAAAAUCUAU